ACACAAACCCCAACAUGUCAAAUCUCCCACCAUCGGACACGCCAUAUGUCUCAUACCUGUUCACCACCUUGAGUUUACCGUAUGUGUAAGGGAUACGUCAAGUCUGCAAGUAACUACCACAAGUUCACACAACGUGCCAACAGUACACUCCCAAGUGACACACAAAUUACCUCAAGAGACUGGUCACCACGAAAAGUCUCUGAAGAACCUGAAAACCCCUGACAAACCAUGAAAUAUCGCGUAACAAGUGACAAAUCAUCGUCAUACUCCUGCAAAAAUACUCAAAACAACAUUAAUUGAUUGUUGAAGAUGCUUACGUCAAUGUACUUUCACAUUUUUAACCUCGAAUACGACUUAUCACUACCGAAGUCUCCGAAUAAAAUCCAACGUCUGGCCCUUCAGCGAUAAAACCCUGAAUCUCCCAUGAAACAACAAUUGUUUCUCUAUUGACGAUGCAAAAUAACUCCAAAACAAGAGAAAUGUUUAUAGUAAGAGCACUGGAAAAAAUAUUGGCUGAUAAGGACGUCAAACGCUCCCACUUGUCACAAUUGAGAAAAUCAUGUGAAACAGCACUAGAUGACCUUCGAAAGGAGAUAAAAGAGGUGCCAAAUGUGCAGGGUGAGGAAGCGAUAUCGAACGCCCUGCCCCAGCCAAAGAACGAUUCAAACGUCAUCUCAGCGGAGAAAUACUUCCUGCCGUUCGAGCUAGCAUGUCAGAGCAAAUCUCCUCGAAUAGUGGUGACAGCUCUGGACUGUCUGCAAAAAUUGAUAGCAUAUGGUCACCUGACUGGCAAUGUUCCAGACUCGACAGAGCCCAGCAAACUGCUGAUUGUGAGGAUAGUCGAGACAAUAUGCAGCUGUUUCAUGGGUCCGCAGACGGACGAGGGGGUCCAGCUGCAGAUUAUAAAAGCACUUUUAACCGUGAUGACUAGUCAACAUGUGGAAGUACACGAAGGGACUGUAUUAUUAACGAUACGCACUGUCUACAAUGUGUAUUUGGCAUCGAGAAAUCUUGUUAACCAGACGACAGCACGUGCUACCUUGACGCAGAUGAUUAAUGUUAUUUUCGCGAGGAUGGAGACACAGGCUGAGGACGAGGCCAGGAUUGGAGAGAAUACGUCUACACCACAUCCAGAGACUCCAGUGGCUCGAGUUGAUUUGAAUGAAAGUACUUCUGCCCCCGAUCACGAGAGUUCUUUCGACUCUACCCAGAUUGUCAGUAGCAUUCUUGAGGAAGUUAUUAGCAAUGUCGUACCUGAGGACCCACCAGUCCCCUCGCCCCUGGAAGAUCCCAAUCCUGAUCAAGUACAGACCGACGACAACACCGACGAGACGACAGCUGAGACUGACAAUAUGGUAACAGCUAAAUUUACCCACGUCCUCCAGAAGGACGCCUUCUUGGUCUUUCGAGCUCUCUGCAAAUUGUCGAUGAAGCCACUGCCCGAUGGCACUCCUGACCCGAAAUCGCACGAGCUCAGAUCCAAAAUACUGUCCCUUCAGCUUCUCCUGGGAAUUCUACAGAACGCCGGACCAGUCCUGAGAUCCAACGAGAUGUUUGUUAUCGCCAUUAAGCAAUACCUGUGUGUAGCUUUAUCAAAGAAUGGGGUAUCUUCAGUUCCUGAAGUAUUCGAGCUAUCCUUGGCGUUAUUCCUUGCACUAUUGGCUCGAUUUAAGGUGCACCUGAAGAUGCAGAUCGAGGUGUUUUUUAAGGAGAUAUUCAUGAACAUUCUGGAGACCUCCAGUAGCUCCUUCGAGCACAAGUGGAUGGUGAUUCACGCCCUGACGAGGAUCUGCGCUGAUGCCCAGAGUGUUGUAGAUAUUUACGUUAAUUACGACUGCGACCUGUCAGCAGCAAAUUUAUUUGAGAGACUUGUCAAUGAUUUAUCGAAGAUAGCGCAGGGCCGUCAGGCACUGGAGCUGGGGGCGUCCCCCAAUCAGGAAAAGUCCAUGAGAAUUCGAGGACUCGAGUGUCUUGUUUCAAUUCUCAAGUGUAUGGUGGAGUGGAGCAGAGACUUGUAUAUCAACCCGGGCACUCCAGUAGAUCAGCAAAUACCCACUGAGCCCCCAGAUCCACCCCUCAACUCGUCGUUGCCUCGAUAUGGAAGUGCUGGGAGUCUUUCCUCAGCGAAUUCUAGUCUCGUAGGAAAUAAGGAGGUAUCGGACUCACCUGAGCAGUUCGAGGUCCAGAAGCAGCAGAAGGAAGUGUGGGAGGCUGGCAUCGAGAUAUUCAACAGAAAGCCUAGUAAGGGAAUUCAGUAUCUUCAGGAGCAGGGACUCCUAGGGGCCUCUGCUGACGACGUCGCUAGAUUUCUGCACGUCGAUGAGAGACUGGAUAAAACUGCUAUUGGCGAUUUUCUUGGGGAUCAUAAUCACAAUCAGGUCAUGUAUAAUUACAUAGAUCAGAUGGAUUUUGUUAAUAGGGAUUUGGUGUCGGCGUUGAGGUACUUCUUGGAGGGGUUCAGACUCCCUGGAGAGGCGCAGAAGAUUGAUAGGCUGAUGGAGAAGUUUGCCAGUCGAUACUGCGAGUGCAAUCCAAAUAAUGGCUUGUUCACCAGCGCAGACACCGCUUACGUUCUAGGUUUUUCGAUAAUAAUGCUGACGACUGAUCUUCACUCACCGCAGGUCAAGAAUAAAAUGACUAAAGAGCAAUAUAUCAAAUUGAAUCGACGGAUCAGUGACAAUGAAGACUUACCCGAGGAGUAUCUCUCGAAGAUUUAUGACGAAAUUGCUGGGAAUGAGAUUAAGAUGAAGUCACAUCCAAAUAGGCCGGGGAAACAAGUAAUAUCGAGUGAGAAAAAGCGCCGUCUCCUGUGGAACAUGGAAAUGGAGCUGAUCUCAACGGCUGCGAAGAAUCUCAUGGAUUCAGUGAGCCACGUUCAGGCGCCUUUCACAACUGCAAAACACUUAGAGCACGUCCGUCCAAUGUUUAAGAUUGCGUGGACACCGUUCCUCGCUGCUUUCAGUGUAGGCCUGCAGGACUGCGACGACCCAGAGAUUGCCUCCCUCUGUCUGGACGGCAUCAGAUGUGCAAUUCGAAUCGCCUGCAUAUUUCACAUGUCCCUGGAACGAGAUGCCUACGUCCAGGCCCUGGCUCGAUUCACCCUGUUGACCGCCAAUUCUCCGAUAACCGAGAUGAAAGCCAAGAACAUCGACACCAUAAAAACUCUGAUAACGAUCGCCCACACCGAUGGCAACUACCUCGGCAGCUCGUGGCUGGACGUUGUCAAAUGUAUAUCACAACUGGAACUCGCCCAGCUGAUUGGCACUGGGAUCAGGCCACAACUCCUGGGGCCCCCUUCAAAGCCCUACUUUCCCUCGCCCCUGAACACCUUCACAAGUCUCACUCACAACAACUCCAGUCAGUCCAACAGCUUGAACCUGAGCUCCCUGGAUCCAAGCGUGAAGGAGUCGAUUGGGGAGACGAGUUCCCAGAGUGUUGUCGUCGCAGUUGACAGGAUUUUUACCGGCUCCACUCGUCUGGAUGGUGAUGCCAUCGUGGAAUUCGUGAAGGCUCUCUGCCAGGUCUCCCUGGAGGAGUUGUCCCAUCAAACUCAGCCCAGAAUGUUCUCCCUAACGAAAAUCGUGGAGAUCUCUUACUAUAACAUGGGGAGAAUAAGGCUCCAGUGGUCCAGGAUAUGGCAGGUGGUUGGGGAUCAUUUUGACAGGGUGGGCUGCAGCCCAAGGCAGAACAUCGCUUUCUUCGCUGUGGAUUCCCUCAGGCAGCUCGCGACAAAGUUUAUAGAGAAAGGGGAGUUUGCUAACUUCAGGUUUCAGAAGGAGUUCCUCAGGCCUUUUGAGCACAUCAUGAAGAAGAACCGAUCGCCAAUAAUCAGAGACAUGGUUGUGAGGUGUGUAGCUCAGAUCGUUCACUCUCAGGCUCCCAACAUCAGAUCCGGCUGGAAAAAUAUAUUCAGUGUUUUUCACCAUGCUGCGAGCGACAGAGACGAGUCAGUAGUUGCGCUCGCUUUUUCCAUGACAGGGAAGAUCAUCAAUGAGCUUUACGCCGAGGAUUUCAGCAUAAUGGUGGAUUCGUUUCAAGACGCUGUCAAGUGCCUGAGUGAAUUCGCUUGCAAUUCAUCAUUUCCGGAUACAAGUAUGGAAGCCAUAAGACUGAUUCGAACGAGUGCCUCGUAUAUCGAUGCUAAUCCCCAAAUGUUUGCUGAGGGUAUGAUGGAUGAAAAUGGAAUGGUCUCAGAGGAGGAUAGGGCUUGGGUCAGGGGAUGGUUUCCACUGCUCUUUGAGUUAUCCUGUGUUGUCAGCAGGUGCAAGCUCGACGUCAGGACCAGAGCUCUGACGGUUUUGUUUGAUGUUGUGAAGACUCAUGGGAACUCCUUCAAGCCUCACUGGUGGAAAGAUCUGUUUCAGGUGCUCUUCAGGAUUUUUGAUAAUAUGAAACUACCUGAACAGCACACAGAGAAAGCAGAAUGGAUGACAACCACCUGUAAUCAUGCACUUUAUGCUAUUGUUGAUGUUUUCUCACAAUUUUAUGAUGUUCUGGGACCUCUACUCCUGGGGCAAUUAUAUUCACAGCUACUGUGGUGUGUGCAGCAGGACAAUGAGCAGCUGGCGAGGUCAGGGACGAAUUGUCUGGAGAAUCUAGUAAUCAGUAAUGGUGUGAAGUUUGAUGAGGACACAUGGACCAAGACAACGAGAUGCAUUCUGGAUAUCUUUGAGAGUACUUUGCCUGGGGUUCUCCUCACCUGGAAGCCUCCUUCCAUCAACAGGGAGUCAGAUCUUGAGGUGAUUACUGGAGAGAAUGAUAAUCACAUGGGGAUUCUGAAGAGGAGUAACAGCACUCAGAGUCUGACGAAUAAUAAUACUGAUGUGGGAAGCAACAGGAUCUUCUCAGCUCUGUUGAUCAAAUGUGUGGUGCAAUUGGAGUUGAUCCAGACGAUUGAUAAUAUCGUGUUUUAUCCAGCGACGUCCAGGAAAGAAGACCAGGAGAAUCUAGCUCUGGCUCAGGCUGACAUGCUCAAUGGAAGAUCCAGUGAUUCUGGUCUCGAUGGCUCUGGUAGUGAGCACAAAGAAGAGCAGGGCAUGUAUUCAGCCUUAAAUACGAUGCACCUGAUUCAACUUGUUGAGUGCCUCCUCAGGUCCCAUCGUUUCGCCAAGAGUUUUAAUGUUAAUAAUGAGCAGAGGAAUAUUUUGUGGAAAGCAGGAUUCAGGGGAACUGUCAAACCAAAUUUGCUCAAGCAGGAGACACAAUCUCUGGCUUGUGCUUUGAGGAUUCUGUUCAAAAUGUAUAAUGACGAGUCCCAUCGGGGUAAUUGGUCGACUGUGGAGUCACAUCUCGUGGAGACUUCGAGGGAAGCUCUGGAGUAUUUCCUGGCACUUCCUAAUGAAGCUCACAGGGAUGCCUGGACACCCAUUCUUCUACUUCUGCUCAAUAGGAUUCUCAAAAUGUGUGACAACAGAUUCGCUGUUCAUGCGGCUAAUUGUUACUCAUUGUUGUGUGAAGUCAUGUGUUUUGACCUCAAGCCAGAGCCUCGCUCGGUUUUGCGACGAUUUUUCCUCAGGAUCGGACCGGUCUUCAGGAUCACACCGAUGUAACAGACAUGGUGACAGUGAUAAUUGUGUAAAGUAUCCAUCAAUCGGGGAUUUGUCAUCUCUGAUUUAUGAUUUUUCAUAACGUGUAUGUAUUAAAUCACGUAAGUCGGUAAGAAUAUACAUAAUGUUAUAUAUACAUAUUAUACAUAGUUUAAUACUAGGCGGAAACGUACUAAUGUUGAAUUCAGAGUGAACGAUUGGAUUGGAGUGAGUACUCGAGGACUCUGGUCUGGUCGUCUAUUUUUCUCUUCUGUUUACAGUGUGCAAGAUUAAAUUGUAAAAUGAAUCGGGGAGAAUGAAGAGAAUAUAUAUAAAUAUGAGUGGAUGAUUCAGGGGAGAUUUUUCGCCUAAGGAAUUUUGCUCUUAGAGUUUUAAUAAAAACAGGAGAA